AUGGCUUUGGCAGGAAUAAACACUUGGAAUGGUGGGUUCGCUUUGUGGGUCUUCGUAGUGCUCUGCCUAUUCUCUGAAUCAUUUUGCUGUAACAGAAGCAAGGUAAUUCUCAUUUCUUUUGAUGGCUUUCGGCAUGACUACCUGGAUAUGGCCAAAUCAGAGGGCAGAAAUGUCUCGGCAUUUGAGAGCCUCUAUCGGCGAGGAUUUCGUGGUCGAGUAGUUCCUAUUAUGCCCACAAUCACAUUUCCGACCCACUUUGCCACAGCAACUGGACGCUACGCUGAGAAUCAUGGUAUAAUGGCUAACAUCUUCUACUCUCCUGAGUACAAUGUCUCAUUCUCCUAUAGAAAUGCUCUAGAUGCUCUUGAUCCUCGAUGGUGGGAUUACAAUGACAAUGAGCCCAUUUGGAUGACCAACGAACGUCACGCUAAACGAAAAAGCUGUGUGUAUUUCUGGCCUGGAAGUGCCUCCACAUAUGCGAACAAGUUCCCUUCGAGGAGACAAGUCGUCUACAACUCCUCUAUUGAUUUCUCAACGCGCGUAGAUAAAGUCCUACAGUGGAUGCAGAACGAUGAUACUAUAACUCUGUGCAUGCUCUACAUGGAGGAGCCGGAUGUCAGUGGGCACCGUUUUGGACCCAAUUCACAAGAAGUACUAGAUAAAGUGGAGGAAUUAAACUAUGUGGUGGGGAAUUUGGUUCAAAAAAUAGGUUUGAUUCCCCGGUUGCGCGACUCAGUCAACCUGAUUUUAACAUCGGACCAUGGAAUGGCUGAAGUUCAAGAUCACAAUGUAGUGCCGCUUUACAAUAUACUGGAUCCCAAAAGUUACAUUGCCAACCCUUCGAGAGUUUUCUUUGGCAUUUGGCCAAGGCAUGGUGGCCCUAGCGUAAUGGAGAUGAAGAGCAAGAUUAUCAAGGCAAACAUCACCGGCCUUUCCGUUUACCUCAAAAGGGAUCUUCCAGAUCGAUUUCAUUACAUCAACACGCCUCGUUGCCCUCCCCUGAUUCUGAUCGCCGAUCAGAACUACGUCAUUCGUCAUACACCCUUACAGCACUAUGGGAGGGGUGAACAUGGCUAUGACAACCUGAACACUCAAAUGCACGCCUUAAUGAUAGCAGCUGGACCAAAGGUGAAGCAGUUAAAUGGUGUGCAGCUGAUUCAGCAAGUCGACAUUUACGCACUGAUAUGCGGCAUUCUUGAGCUUCAGACGCCCAACAAAAUUGAUGGAGAUCUAAUGAGAGUAGCAGGACUUAUAGAACCGCCUCCUACGUCAAACUUUAUCAAUAAGUUCAUGUUCUACAGCCGAAAUGCUUUGCCUACUGACACCUCCGCUCGUAGUGUUACAGUAAAGAGGACCCUUUUAUUAGUUGGUGAACUGGUUAUGAUUGUUUACAACAUGCAAUUGUAUAUGCAAUGUAGAAAUGCACUGAAAGAUGGGAUAUGGAUGUAA